CAAAGGUACAGUCAACAACACAGCAUCAGAUAAUAAAACUCUUUGGAAAUAUGUCUAAGCUAACUAUUGUGGCCUUCUUGGUGAUCGUUGGGAUUUUAGCAAUCAACAGUUUGCGUUUCCGACCGAUUUACGACUAUGGCUCACCAGAUUAUCGUCUUAUUCCUGGGAGGGACGGACGUCAUAGACUUGUUCGUGUAUACGAAAGACCAGACAAACCAGAUCACUUGGUAAUCACUCAAGGUCGUGGAUCAAACAGGCGGACCUUCGUCAGCGACAACGUGGAUCAUCUAUAUGAUCACCCUAUGAUGGGUGCACAUGCAUUGUCAUCUCAUCACGCCUACAGCACCUUAGGAAAAAGGAAGCGUAGAUCCAUCCUGCAUCCAUUCCACCCAGCAGCACUGAUCCAUCCACUGCUGGCUCGCAACUACGGUCUCAAUCUCGCUCUCAGAGCCCGAACCCUUGGUGCCCUGUCGUACAGAAAUCGUCUUCUCGGAGCACGUGGUCUUCUGGGGCAACGCCUGGUGAGACCCCAAAAUGUUGCACAGAUCGCUACACAGGUGGGACAUCACAAAACACCAGCGGCUGUGACCAAGGUCGCAACGAAACAUGCGCCACAGAUUAUUCCCUCUGCCCCAGCUGUUGUGCUGACAAAAGGUGUAGACACCUACCCAGCUCCCGCAGACGUAUACCAGCCAGGUCCCGGUGUCAACACAGGAAUCCCUAACCACAUAGAUCAAGUCGGCCUUCCCUAUCAAGAAAUCUUCGAUCAACCCGCCGGAGGUCAGCCCCUGUACCAAUCUGGCGCUCCAUACAACGGCCCUGCUGGUCAGCCCGCGGAUCUGUACAACGGACCUGCUGGUCAACCCGCGGAUCUGUACAACGGCCCUGGCGCUCCAUACAACGGCCCUGCUGGUCAGCCCGCGGAUCUGUACAACGGCCCUGCUGGUCAGCCCGCGGAUCUGUACAACGGUCCUGCUGGUCAGCCCGCUGAUCUGUACAACGGCCCUGGCGCUCCAUACAACGGUCCUGCUGGUCAGCCCGCUGAUCUGUACAACGGGCCUGCUGGUCAGCCCGCGGAUCUGUACAACGGCCCUGGCGCUCCAUACAACGGUCCUGCUGGUCAGCCCGCGGAUCUGUACAACGGCCCUGCUGGUCAGCCCGCGGAUCUGUACAACGGUCCUGCUGGUCAGCCCACUGAUCUGUACAACGGCCCUGGCGCUCCAUACAACGAUCCUGCUGACGCCCAAACCUACCUAGAUCCUCUCGGCUCCGGCCCCAUCUAUCAAGGUACCAACGGCGCUUCAGACAUAUUCCGUAAUGGAAUCGAUGUCUACUCUACCGACCUCGGUGGUGGCUUCGGGCCUUCUCGCUCCAAUCUUGGCCUUGGUGAUUACCUCCUCGACAGCAAUGGUCAGAAUUCUGUGAUCUUUGACAGCAACAAUCCUUCCAAUAUGGCCGCGUCUGGAGCCCCGACUGGGACAGCCGGCCCCGCCUCCGCUCCUAGUCUCAUGUAGAUGUUGAGUCGGUGUUAAGAUAAUUGCACGUCCUUCAUACGUGUAGAUGAACUGUUGUUAUUGAUAACGUUGUUACUUGAGUAUUUGCUGUGAGCGCUCAUGCUGUGUUUCAUCUAGAUAUGUGAGCUCUUUGAAAUAAAUGUUAACUUGUAACAGUU